AAGCGGCCGUAUACGCGCCCUAAAUCGUCCAUUAGGAAAAUGGACAAGAAAAGUGAAAUACCAUUGUGCGAGGUCUGCCAGCAACCUGCGAAUCAAACCUGCGGAGGAUGCAAAUUGGUGUAUUAUUGCUCAAAAGGCCAUCAAAAGCUUGGAUGGAGAGAAGGGCACAAGUUUAAAUGCUGCGCCUUCAAAAUCCAGUACUCGGAUACUUUAGGACGACAUAUGAUCGCCACAAGAGAUAUCAAGCAAGGUGAAAUGAUCCUCAAGGAGAAACCGGCAGUUCUGGGGCCAAAAAUUUCUUGUACUCCACAGUGCCUGUCAUGCGGAAUGAAGUUAGAACCUAGUAAAGUUGGCGACAAAUACGAGUUCUACCAUUGUUCAUCAUGUAACUGGCCAAUGUGUGGACCUCAGUGCGAAAAAGCUGAUGUACAUAAAGCUGAAUGUAAGAUCAUGACAGACCGAAAAUACAAAUGCACAAUAAAAUAUCAGGGACCCGAUAAAAAUGAGGCAGCAUAUUGUGUUAUAGCUCCGGUAAGAAUUUUGUUGAUGAAAGAAAGCUGUCCAUUACAGUUUGAGAAUAUUAUAAACUUGGAAUCUCAUUUAGAAGAUAGAAUUAACAGCCCCCUUUAUACAAUUUUGAAAGCAAAUUUAGUUACGUUUGUGACUCAAGUGCUUGGUUUGGCGUUUGAUGAGGAAACUAUUAUGAAAGUGGCAGCAAUAUUGGACACUAACGCAUUUGAGGUGAGGUCUCCAGACCACUUGAAAAAGUUGCGAGCUAUUUAUGUGACUGCAUCUAUGAUGGAUCAUAGCUGCAAGCCGAAUACACGGCACAUAUUUUUAGGCGACGACUAUAUUGUAUCAUUUAUUGCAACUGUGCCAAUUGCUAAAGGUGAAUUAAUAACAACUACAUAUACCCAAAGUUUGUGGGGAACAUUGGACAGAAGGAGGCAAUUGAAACAAUCUAAAUGGUUUGACUGUGAAUGUGAUAGGUGCAAAGACCCUACAGAAUUUGGCACUUAUUUGGGUAGUAUAUAUUGCUCACUUUGCAAUGGACCGGGAAGUAUAACAACAGGAUCAAUGUUGGUAUCAAGUGAUCCAUUGGAUGAAAAUGCUCUAUGGAAAUGUGAAAAGUGUGAGCACUUUAUUCAAAGCAGACAGAUGGUGUGGGGUAAUAACGCUUUAAAACAAGAUUUAAAUAACCUGAACAAGAAUGAUCCCAAGGAAUUCGAAAAUUUUAUACAGAAAUACAGUUUAACACUUCACCCAAAUAAUCAUUUAGUAGUGCAAGCAAAGUUAGCGUUGAUUCAAGUUUAUGGAAAUUACAAAGGUUACAGUUUAGCAGAACUCUCAGACCAUCUACUCAAACGCAAGAUCGAUCUAUGUCACGAAAUGCUCGAAUUAGCUGAUAAUCUGGAGCCAGGCUGGUCGACGUUUCGAGGAAAAUUGCUCUUGGACUUGCAAGCGGCGAUGGCGAUGCAGACGAAGAGAGAAUUUGAAACCGAAAAGUUGACUAAAGCUGGAGCUCGGGAUCAAUUAAUGGAAUGUAUGACGUUACUGCAAGAGGCCGUAAACAUCCUCCGAGUAGAGCCCCAUAUGAGGACUGAAUUAGAAGCUAAGGUCAAAGAAUUGUCCAGUCAAUUGGACAUUACGAUAGAUGAGGCAGACUGCAUUUCCGUGGAUUGAAGAAAGAAUAAGGAAGAAUAUAAAAUAUUAUUCAUUAGCUGUAGUAUAGAAAUUAAAUGUAAUUAGAAAAGACAGCUAAGAAGACAAUAUUUGGUAUAUAUAUACAGUGUGUUGAUUUGCAUUCUCGC